AUGUGGACUGGUCCGCUCGCGAUGGCACCAAAUGCCAUUACGUAUCAGCAGGAACAAAUCUGUCCACCGCUACCUGUGUUGAUUUCUGUCCCACCGACGGAUUACAGGGGCUUUCUUCCUCUACGCUUCAAUGCAAAUAUCUACAAUAGUCUUUUUAUUCGGUGCUUCAUUCGCAAGUAUUCUGACGAACUGCAAAGGGUUGGGCGUUCCGAAUUCUCUUCGCAUGUCUUGAUUCUGAACGGAUUCCACAGGAUCGCAGUGGGGAUGAUCGUCAUGUACAUCGCAGAAGGCGUCUUGCGUGGUCUCUACGGCGAUAUGAUUGAAUGGAUUUAUCAGGCUGCUCGACAGACGUCCACAGAAAUACCGGGGGUCGGAUGUAUUAUCUCGUACAACCUCUCGUUCCCGUUCCUGAGCAAAUUGGCCAAUAUCGCGCGCACUAGGCUUAGCGUGGCUGGAAUGCUUCUUCGAGAUGGUAGCAUGUAUUUUGUGUAUGUCUCAAUAUUGCAAGUUGCAUAA